UUUUCCUGUGUUCACACUUCAGAAGGAGAAGACACCAUUGGUAACAUCUGAGAGGCAGGAAACCACCUUGCGCUGGGCCUCCACGUAGCACAAGAAAAGUUGUCUUUCUUCCAGACCAGCCUCCCACGUGCUCACCAGAGAUGGAUUACGUUACCCUCCUCUUGGCUGUUCUCCAUGUGUACAAAGCCCUAGGUGAAGAGCUAUUUUGGGACACAAGAGUCAAACUUGCGGAGACGAUGACUCUGGAUUGUGCGUAUCCAUUGUUGGGCACCUUCACCCAGAUGGAGUGGUUCAAGAUCACGGCGAAGAAAGAGUCCAUAGCCAUAUUCCACCCUGUUUACGGUACGGUCAUCAGGGAGCCCUAUGUCGACCGGGUUCACGUGUUGAAGUCAACCCCGGAGCUCAAGGACACGGUGCUGGCCUUUUACAAUGCCUCGGAGGCUGACCUUGGCUUCUAUUUCUGCCUUCUUGAGACCUUCCCAUUUGGACGUUGGGAGAAGGUGAUACAGGUGGUCCCGCCAGAGAGUUUUGGGAUGGCUGUGCCACCAAACAGCACCGUGGUUUCAGAACCUGGAGAAAAUGUCACGCUCACAUACGAGCUUCAAACGAAGGGUCUCAUGCAACAAGUCACGUGGGAAAAGAUCCAGUCCCAUCAGAUCGACCUCCUAACCUGCUGCAACUUGUCCCAGGGUAGAAGCGAGCCCUCCAAGUACCGAAGACAAAUCCUGAGCAACUGUAGCCAGGGGAUGACAAAGAGCUUCAUUGUCCUGCCCCACGUCGCAGCCUCCGACUCUGGGCUUUACCGCUGUAGCUUCAAGGCCGGCUCGGGAGAGAAUGAAACCUUCGUGGUAAGACUGACCGUAAGCGAUGGUAAAACCGACAACCAGUCCCUCAUCCCCAAGGCCGGGGGGCUGGUUUUACUGCUGCUGUUUGUCAUCCUAAUGGCCACGGUCCUUGUCAUCCUUUACAUCAGGAGGAGAGCGAAACGUGCGCAAGGUAAAGAGUCUCAGGACCCACAGAAUAAGGCCUCCAACAACUACAAAAUUUCCUUCUCCGUCAACCAGCCGUCAGAUGGUGCAGGAGAGGACGUUUACGUCAACUACCCGACCUUCUCUCGGAGACCGAAGACUGGAAUCUAAGCUUUCUCCCUGAUUCGAGCAGAUUUAUGGGGACCGUCACGUCCCUGGACCUUUGUACAAUUUCUUCCCACUGCUCAGUGUCUACUCUGGAUACCAAGUUGACUGAAUAUAUUUUUAAAAUUUUUUUAAAAAUCCAAACAUCACCCUAUUUAAUUCCCCAAUGAAACACUGGAGAAAGGACUGUGAGUGCAUAUAAAGUCGUCACCUUAUAAGUAACAGAAGCCUAUGCACCAAUUUCUGAAGUUCUAAGAUAUGUUGCCUUUAUUUGUUGUAUAUUAACAAAGCAGGAUAUGACAAAAUAUUGAAGGCAGUCUCCCAGCCAUGGGUCUCGUUACCUCCUGCCUGAAGGGGCAGCUGGCGACGGUCUGGAAGGCAC